AUGGAUCCUAUCAACCAGACUUCCGACAACUCGAUCGAAGGCAACCCAGCCAACAAUGACAUUCCCAGUGACGGCACUGGCGUCAUCAAGCUCGAUCCCUAUCUUGAGCCCUUCGCGGACGCGCUGAAAAGCAGAUACUCCAAGGCACAGCAGUGGAUGAAGACAAUCGAUCAGACUGAAGGUGGUCUCGACAAGUUCAGUCGAGUAGGCAUAUCUCUUGCUCCCUUUGCGACCAUAGCAGCUGACGACUUGACCAGNGGCUACGAGACUCUAGGCUUCAACGUCAAGCCCAAUGGCGACAUAGUCUACCGCGAAUGGGCUCAGACUAACAAGACGGUAGACAACUGGAACCGCGACUCGCACGAAAUGAANAAGAACGAGUACGGCGUCUUCGAGAUCACCCUGCCUGCCCAGAACGGCAAGCCUGCAAUUCCUCACGACUCCAAGAUCAAGGUCUCGUUCGUCGUACCCAACGAUCACGCCAGACAAGAGCGCAUUCCUGCUUGGAUCACCAGAGUCACCCAAGAUCUCAACGUCUCUCCCGUCUACGAUGCCCGCUUCUGGAACCCUCCCAAGAACGAACGCUACACCUUCAAGCACCCCAAGCCUCCGAAGCCCAAGAGUGCCCGUAUCUACGAAGCCCACGUGGGUAUCUCAUCGCCAGACCCAAAGGUUGCCACCUACAAAGAGUUCACACAAAACACAUUACCCAGAAUCCAUCACCUGGGCUACAAUGUCAUCCAGCUCAUGGCUAUCAUGGAACACGCAUACUACGCCAGUUUCGGCUACCAAAUCAACAGCUUCUUCGCUGCAAGCAGUCGCUACGGUCUCCCAGACGAGUUGAAGGAGCUCAUUGACACCGCCCACAGCAUGGGUAUCACUGUCUUGUUGGAUGUUGUUCACAGUCACGCUUCGAAGAAUGUGCUUGAUGGUUUGAACAUGUUCGACGGAAGUGAUCACCUUUACUUCCACGAGGGCGCAAAAGGCAGACAUGAGCUUUGGGACAGCAGACUGUUCAAUUAUGGCCACCACGAGGUCCUGCGAUUCCUGCUGAGUAACCUCCGCUUCUGGAUGGAGGAAUACAACUUUGACGGUUUCCGUUUCGACGGUGUGACCAGUAUGCUCUACCACCACCAUGGUAUUGGAACCGGUUUCUCCGGUGGCUACCACGAGUACUUUGGCCCUGGAGUCGACGAGGACGGUGUCGUCUACCUCAUGCUUGCCAACGAGAUGCUGCAUCAGCUCUACCCCGACUGUAUCACCAUUGCUGAAGAUGUCUCAGGCAUGCCUGCUCUCUGCUUGGCCCUUUCUCUUGGUGGUAUCGGCUUCGACUACAGACUUGCCAUGGCCAUUCCUGACUUGUACAUCAAGUGGCUGNNGAAGGAGAAGCAGGACAUUGACUGGGACAUGGGCAACCUCGCUUUCACCCUCACAAACAGAAGACAUGGCGAGAAGACCAUCGCAUACGCAGAAUCACACGACCAGGCUCUGGUCGGUGACAAGACCCUCCUGUUCUGGCUCUGCGACGCCGAAAUGUACACCAACAUGUCUACUCUCAGCGAGUUCACACCCGUCAUCGAGCGCGGUAUGGCUCUGCACAAGAUGAUCCGUCUCAUUACUCACGGUCUGGGAGGUGAGGGAUACCUCAACUUCGAAGGCAACGAGUUUGGACACCCUGAAUGGCUCGACUUCCCCCGUGAGGGCAACGGCAACAGCUUCCACUACGCACGUCGUCAAUUCAACCUCGUUGACGACAAGCUGCUUCGCUACCACUUCUUGAACGACUUCGACGGCAAGAUGCAAUGGACCGAGGAGAAGUACGGUUGGCUCCACUCGCCGCAAGCCUACAUUUCUCUCAAGAACGAGAAUGACAAGGUCAUUGUCUUUGAACGAGCCGGCCUUCUCUGGAUCUUCAACUUCCACCCUACAGAAAGCUUCACCGAUUACCGCGUUGGUGUCGAGCAGGGAGGAACCUACCGUAUCGUCCUGAACUCUGACAGCCCAUCGUUCGGCGGCUUGGGACGUGUUGAUGAGAGCACCCGCUUCUUCACCACCGACUUUUCUUGGAACGACAGAAAGAACUUCCUCCAGGUCUACAUCCCCACCAGAACAGCCAUUGUUCUUGCACUCGAAUCCACUUUGUAA